UGGUAAUCAUAACAUUAAAAACUAUAAACACUCGUAAACAAUAGGCGUGUCAAUAAUAGAACAUUAUGCAAAAUAUUAUAUUUCUAACAGCAAUUUAUCGACUAUUUAAUUUUAAAAACAGUUUUUAAUUAUAACUUACCUUAAAUUAAAAUAACAGCUACUUUUGUAAACCAAUUAUAAUAAUUAAUCAUUUGUUCUCAAUCAGACAUUUUAUUAAAUGGACUGCGCAUAUAAACGAUGAAACAUAAUAAUGUUACCGAGAUAUGGAUGAGAGAGACGGAGUUAAGUUGGAAAUGAACUUCCGGUCAUUUAAAUUAAUAACUUUUGAUAUAACUGGGACACUAUUAAAAUAUAGAAGUUCACCGACUGAAGAAUACUCAACAGUUCUUAAUAAACAUGGUAUCAAAGUAAAUAUAUCCAUUCUUGAAGAAUUAAUAAAGAGAAAUAUGAAAGAUAUGACAAAACUGCAUCCAAAUUUUGGACUUAAAACUGGUCUUGGAUGGGAUAAUUAUUGGAGAAAAUUUGCUCAAAACGUCAUAAGUGGAGCAAUUCCAAAAGAAUAUGCUUCAAAUAAUUUAAAAAUAAUCACUAUAGUUGAUGAUUUAAUGAAUACCUAUAGUACAGGAGAAACUUUUAAAUUGCAAAAUGGAGCUAUCGAUUUAUUAAAAUAUUUAAAAAAGAAGCAAGUACCGCUAGGAGUAAUAUCGAACUAUGAUCCAAGAAUCAUAAAUAUAAUUAAUAACCUUGGAAUCGCUGACUACUUUUUGUUUAUAUUGUCUUCAUAUCAGGUUGGAUAUGCUAAGCCAGAUAUUGAAAUAUUUCAAAAAGCAGAGUCAUUUGUUUGUAAUGAAACCGACCGCAAAUUAUUCUUACAUGUUGGUGAUUCAUAUGCUUUUGACUUUGUAGGGGCCAAAAGUGCUGGGUGGUCUGCAUGUUUAGUUCAUACUGAUAAACAAAUUAUUACAAAGGAACAUCCUAAUAUAGCAGACUGCAUUUUUAAUGAUUUUGUAGAGUUCAAACAAUUUUUAAUGACAAAUAAGCCUGACAAAAUUUGUUAAUGAUUAAAGUUGACUAUUAUUAUUAAAUUGAAUUUAUACCUAUAAAAUUGUUAACCAAAUCAGAUAAUUAUGAAUUAUGAUUAUUAUUGUACUGUUAUUAAUAUAACCUAAUAACAUUUAAAAAUAACAAAAUGUAUUUUGUAUAUACAUUUUUUUUUUGUUUACUAUACGUUUAAGUUUUGCAUCGAUUGUUUAUUCAUAAUAAAUAAUAGAAAAUAGAUAAUAAUCUUAUAUUAUUUAUUUAAGUAUGAUGUAUGUAUUAGGUACAUCUUUAUUUAUUUUUAACAUAUGUUGACGACCACGAAUGGACGUGCCUACAUUUAAUUUGUCAUUUACUUGAUUAUUAUUAAUUUAACUGUCUCUUUCAAUAUAUAGCGUAGCAAUACUACCCAGUCUUGUUUGGCCCUUUGUAAGCAGUUUUAUUUUUCUAUGAUAAAAUAUAAAUGUAAUUAUAACUCUUAACAGGGGGGGGGGGCACUUGACACUUUUGUCCCCUCGAACAAAUAUUUGGAGAAGCAGUUGACUAUCCUUGCCCCCCCUUCCCCAGAGUACGCCUAUGCAUAUAACAGGAAUUAUUAUGAGAUAAACAAAAAUAAAAAUGUCAUAGAUGUGAUUUUUUAUUCUUGCGAACAUUUUUUACACACAAAUUCAAUAAUCUUAAGUACAAAAUAAUGUACUGAAAUCCAAAAUUUUGUUUUCCAUCAAUGUAUCUACCUAACAUUAUAAAAUCAUUACUGUUAAUUUUUGAAUUUGUAUAAUUAAAAAACAUUUUGGGUUUUAAUAAUCAUUACUUUUCAAUUUUUAAAUGACAAAAAAAUACAAUUUAACUGAUAUUCAAGUCAACAAGUAAUAUUUUUUGGGGGGGGGGCUAAAUUUUAGUCAAAGCGCUAAGCCCUCCAGCCCCCCUUUCCUUCUAGUUACGCCACUGUGCCUACGGCAAUUAAAAAAAAAUCAUUUCAUGAUUACAAUUGAAUGAUUAAUGUAAUCAUGAUAACAAAUGAAUGAUUAAAUACCUAUACACUCAAACGAAUGGAUUAAUGUUUGUUUGUUUCCACAUUCGCAGUUCGUAUCGUCUGUCUUUCCCCAUCUAUUCAAUUUUUCUUUAGUUCUUCCUACGUGUGUCCUUAGACGGUUGAGAAUUUUCCAGGGUAGGUUAUGUCCCAGUUGUAAGGAUUCUGUGGGUAUGCCCCAAACUGUGGGCGCGUCUCCUCAUGUUCGUUCCUUCCAUGACUUGCCGUAGAGUUUUCUAUGAUUAUUUUAUCCUAUUACCUAUAGGUAUAAUACUAAGUAUUAAUAAUUGAGAAUUGGGGUGCCUUUGAAUUUAUGACCACGGGAUAGACUUUAAUAUUCUACCACGUAGAAUACAGAAAAAUAGUUUUAUAUAAAACAAAUAAAUUGUAUUUUGCUGUGUUUUAUUAUAAUGAAAAGAUACAUUCAAAUUUGCCCCCUUUGGAUUAAAAUGUACCCCAUAACCAGGGUAGAUUUAAAUAAAAAUAAAUAUUUAUUUAAAAAUUGAUAGAUUAUAAACUACUUAAUUGGUGAGGUUUGGAAUAAUAUUAUAAUGUGUACAAACUACCUUGGAACUCUCAAACUUGAUCUUUGCCAAAACCUAAAUUAUGAAACAUAAUGAUAUAAUUUUUAUUUAAAUCUACCCUACAUAUUAAUCUUAUAAGGAACGGAAAAUUGAAUUAUAAAGAUGGCAACUCACUAUAUUUUCUUAUUAUUAUCUUAAGAGGACGUCACACACCCGUUAUUUUCUACAAAAAACCCGUCUUGCGCGGAUUAAUUUUACAAAGACUAUAAUCAAAACUAAGAAACCAAAUUUUUACAUAAUAUAGACAACAACAUUGUCUGUGAUCUACCAAUGCCCUUUUUUAAAUAUUUCAACCAGUUAACGAAUAAUUAAUUAAUUAAGAAAGGACUUUUUUUUAAAUGAUAUAGCGUUAGUUUUAUUAGUUAUAUCGAAAAAAUACGGAUGAUGGAACACAGAUAAUUUUGUCAUAAAUAAUAUGUAUGAAUUUCUAUCCUUCACUAUGUAUGAAGCCUGAGAAAAAUUAAUCCACGCAAAGCAGUUUUGAUGGGAAAAAAAUUGUAAUUUAUCCUAUAAACAUGACUGUGAUAGUCUGACAAAAUAAAUGGCAAUCAACAAAGUAUCCUCAUUACUGUAUUAAUAAAUAUACAUUAUAUUUCAAACUCUAAAUUAAGAUUUUUCGAAAAAUUACCUAUACUUUACUCCUUAGAAAUGGCCGGUGUGGCGUACUCUUAAAAAAUAAAUAAUUAAUUAUGAUUGAAAAUCAGUAAAAAUCAGCAUUACCUAUUCCAUUAAAUGAAUCUUCUGUUAAUUUUGUUCAAUUUUUUUAAUAAUAGAGUUAUUACGGUUGUGAUUGAGAAGGAUAAAAAGGACAGAAAAUGAACAAAGGAUAAAAUAAAAAAAACAGAUAUCAUGUCAUAAACUCUUUUAGGAUUUUAUUUUUUUAAGUUGCUGUAUUUUGGUAGUUUUUACAUAUAUUUUUACACUGUAUUGCAAAUUUGUUUGUUUUAGUCAAAAGAUAGAGAAUUAUGCAUGAAAUUAUAAUAUAUGUAUGCAUACACAAUGUGAUACACAUUCACAGUAAUUUUUUGAGUAACAUUGAUGAAUACUAAUUACUAAAAUUCAACAAUAUAUAUCUACAAAUUUAGAAUAAAAUCAUUUUGGUAAUUAGUACUUAUUUUUGUAUCAUUUGUACAACAAUUGGGGAAAAAACAAUAAUGGGAUUUGUUCACUGA